AACCGCUUUUUUGAGGGAACGGUGCUUCGUGAAGAUAAUUGCUAUUUUCUGUGAUUUCUGAGGGUCGUUGUCAAAUGACAGGCUGUCUUUCCCUUUCCAGCCAGCUUGGAUAAGCGCGGAUGUGCCUGACUGUAUCGGAGCAGAACCUUCCACUUACGGUGGGAUUUAUCUCCUGCUGCUGUGAGGUGAAAGCCUGGGAAUGGUACAGCUGGUGGGCAAGUGCAGUCUGAACCUGAACGUACCAGCCUGCUGCCGCCCCGCCAUCCUGCCGCCCCGCCAUCCCGCCUUGCACAACCCCUCGCUGCAGCUGGGCCUGUUUUUGGCUCCAUCAUUAACUUUCAGCUUCUCACAACGGGCCUGCUUUUUGAGGUCUUAUCACCAGGUCUAAUAUCCUGCCCGUUGCAUGAAAUUCCUCAGAACUUAAGCGUAGAAGCUACUUCUGUUAGGAGCACAAGAUGAAAAUUUGGUGCUCAUUGUUAUUGUUGAGGGAAGGAACCGAAGUUACCUUGAAAAGACCUGAUGUGUUGGGCUGCUGAGAAUCCAAGAGUGUGUGGGCUGCAAGAACAGUGAUAGAUUUCAGUUUAAACAGGUGAUGUUUCGCCACUUCCCGGGAAGCAGGGCUUCAGUACCCGUAGCGGUUGCUCUGGAAGACCAACGUGGACAAAUUAAGAGAAAAUGGGAAGAAAGGCUGAAGAAAGUGGAAGAACUAGCAUCUCACUAUGAAAGGAACCCUCUUCCUCCAGUUUAUAGACCAAAACUGUCCAAACCCUCUGAGCCAUCCUCUGUUUGGAAAAUAUUUUGUCGGCAGGCUGAAGCUUUCCAGUAUGCAAAAACCUGCGAAGAGGAUGUUCAUGUAUUUGCCUUGGAAAAGGACAUACAAAGUGCACAGAGGUUUUACCUUGUGACAUCAUAUAAGGAACUUUGGUUUUAUUACACUAAAGGUUAUAAAACAAGUCUUAUGCAUUGCUAUGAAGUAAUUCCUGAAAAAGAUGCUUGCAAACUGUAUUUCGAUUUGGAGUUCUACAAACCAGCAAAUCCUGAUGCAGAUGGCAAGAGUAUGGUUGCAAAGUUAAUUGAGCUUGUCAGCCAAAAAUUAAAAGAACUUUAUGAUGUAAAUUGUUCAGCCAAAGAUGUCUUGGAUUUAGAUUCCAGUACUGAUGAAAAAUUUAGUCGACACUUAAUAUUUCUACUCCAAAAGGCUGUAUUUAAGGAUAAUAUUCAUGCUGGUAACUUUGUGAGAACCAUUUUGCAGCCAGCCAUAAGUUUAAUGGAGAGUAAAGCUGCUGCUGUGAUUCCAGAAGGAGGAGCAGGAUGUGUUUUCCAGUGUUCCGCAGAAGCAGUUGGAUUAGGUGGUUCUCUUACAAACCUCGCAGCUGUCGAAGAUGCUUCCAGAGGCUGGCCAGCCGUUGCUCACAAAACGAAGGAUACAGAAACAUCACACCAGGGACAAAAUCUGGAUUUUUCUUUUCUAAUGGUAAAUGAUAAAGAAGGCAACAAGCAACUUUUUGUGGAUCUAGGAGUUUAUACAAAGAAUAGAAAUUUCCGGAUGUAUAAAUCAUCAAAAGCAGGAAAAAAUGUGAUUCUGAAGAUAUCGGAGGAUAAUAAGUUUGUCCCUAACUGUGAAGAGGAUGUCUCCUUGGAAGAAGCAUAUUUUCUUUCCUCUUUGAUCUGCAAUGUUAGAGUAAGGGAUGACACAAAAGUUCUGUCAUGUGGCUUUUCAAAGGAGGAGAGAAAAAUGUCGUCCUUUUCAAACAGUAGAACUACCAGGAGCAGUAGAGAUUCCAUGGAAGGUUAUCAGGGGUCACCGUAUCCAGAAAUUGAUUAUUUUGUUCGCUCUCUGGUUAAUAAAGAUGGGGUACAAGGAGGGAUACGGCAAUGGCGUUACUUCUCUCAGGAAGAAAAACUUGUGUAUGAUAUUUCUGGUUACCGUUGGUGUGAAAAUAUUGGAAGAGCUCACAAAAGUAACAACAUCAUGAUUCUAGUAGAUCUAAAGAAGGAAGUCUGGUAUCAGAAGUGUCACGAUCCAGUCUGCAGAGAAGAAAACUUCAGAUCACAAAGUUUUCCACUACCACCUACGAUAUGUCUCCCGUUUCUUUUUAAAGAGGAAGAAGAGUAUACUCUAAUGGAUGAAAGGGGGAACACAGAAGAAAAAGUAAAACCGCAUUCUGACGUGCCAGACUUGUCUAAAAGCUCAGUAUCUCUAGAAAAAAGCUUGUCUCGAGACUUCCUGCUGUCAGACAGCGAGUGGGACAACACGAGCGAUGAUUCCUGUUUCCUGGAAGCUACUGAAGAUGUGGAGCUAGCUGAAGCUGUAAAUGAUAGUUUGAAUUAUGCCACCGAAGAAAUUCCUGAUGAAGUUCUUCUGGAAACUUUAAGUAAACAGGACACUUGCAGUAAAGGCGGCAGCUAACCACAGACCUGGCUAGCAAACUGACGGCCAGCAACAAAGCUUGCUUAUCCUACGCUUUCUGUGAAAGAUACUCCGAUGUAGUGCAAGAGUGCUCUUCCAGACUGGUAAG